AUGGAGAGCGUGAGUCAUUUAGUCAGUAACGGCCAAUCUGUCCUUUUGGUAUGGAGUCAAGGUGGUCAACUGGAUACAUUGGCCAAUUUUACUUCUUCACUACGAGAAAGAGUAGGUACUAAUGGUACUGUAGCCGUGGAAAAUAUCAACCGACUAUCUCAAUCUUCUUAUGGAUCAUCAACGUUUGAUGUCGCCCUUUCCAAUGUUGUAUCAAGUUACUGUUGCAAGCAUACUUCGGAACAGUUAGCACAGAUUCUAAAAAUGUUAAAGCCAGAUUGCAAAUGUUUAUUAAGAGAUACCUCACCGUCUGACCAAAUUAGAAGUGAAUUAAUUUUGGCAGGAUUUACCAAUAUAUCCAUAGUAGCAGAAGACAAUGCAACUGUAAAGGUAAAUGCUCGCAAGCCCAAUUUUGAAAUUGGUUCUUCCGCUGCGCUACCAUUUGCUAAUAAAAUCUCAUUAGGUGGCAACUCGAAAAUGGAGACUGCAAAAAUGUGGACGUUGUCAUCUCAAGAUUUUGUGGAUGAUGAUAUUGAUAUUAUCGAUGAAAACACACUCAUUGAGGAAGACGACUUUUUGAAGCCCGAUCCGUCAUCGUUGAGAAGUCAAGAAUGCGAUUCAGCUAAAAAAAAGCGAAAAGCCUGCAAAAAUUGUUCAUGUGGCUUAGCUGAAGAAAUCGAAAGCGAAAAGAAGACCAAUGGGAACCCCGUUUCUUCGUGCGGCAGUUGUUAUUUAGGAGAUGCCUUUCGAUGCUCAAGCUGUCCCUACCUUGGAAUGCCAGCAUUCAAACCUGGUGAGAAAGUUGCAUUACCGUCUCGAUUGCUUCAGGCAGACGUAUAA